AUGUCUCUACUGCAUCUAUGGGAUAUCCGCGGCAAAGCUCUUAUCGCGAUGGACGAGUUUCACGGGCAAGGAUAUCUCCUCCCAGCCCUAGAGAUCGCGAAAUACUGCAAGGCGAAGUACAAGCUGUCGACAAUGUUGAAUAGAAGGGCGCGCGCGUUUCUUGGCGCCACAGAGACUUGGUUCUUCGCUCAGCAGGACCGUUCCUUUAUCGGUACCCCCAUCGACCAGUGGCCUCUGCCGAACGACCUGUUGCUACGCCUAGCAAAAGUCGAGCGUUGA